CUGGUCUUAUCCACACUCUUGUUUUAAACCCUUCACUCACUCACUCACUCACUCACUCACUCCUGUUCGUAAAUGUCUAUCACUUCCCUCACCAUGGCCGAGUCCUGCCUCCUCUCUUCUCCCUCCUCACUCUUCCACGCCAAAACCAAACCCUCUCUCUUUACACCCCCCUCCAAACCCCUCACACUCCAAUUUUCAUGCCUCAACUCCUCCGUCUCUCUCUCCCUCGCCGCACCAACUCACCGUUCUCCCCUUGUAACUUUCGUGGCCCAAACUUCCGAUUGGGCCCAACAAGAAGAAGAACAGAGCCUCGCUGAAACCGAAGCGGGCCUGGAAAGUUGGGAGCCCAACGGCGAAGACGCCGGCGAUGAGAGCUUCGUCGAACCGCCGGAAGAGGCCAAGCUCUUCGUUGGGAACUUGCCUUACGACGUUGAUAGCCAGAAAUUGGCCAUGCUUUUCGAACAGGCCGGAACCGUUGAAAUCGCUGAGGUUAUUUAUAACAGGGAAACUGACCAGAGUCGCGGGUUUGGGUUUGUGACGAUGAGUACUGUUGAAGAAGCUGAAAGCGCUGUGGAGAAAUUCAACCGCUAUGAUAUCGAUGGAAGACUGCUGACUGUUAAUAAGGCUUCUCCAAGAGGAACUCGGCCCGAACGCCCACCACCUCGUCGUUCCUUUGAGUCUUCCUUAUCAAUCUAUGUUGGUAAUUUGCCAUGGGAUGUUGACAAUACCCGGCUGAAGCAAAUUUUCAGUAAACACGGUAAUGUUGUGAAUGCUCGGGUAGUCUAUGACAGGGAGUCAGGUCGAUCACGUGGCUUUGGCUUUGUCACAAUGUCUGAUGAGACAGAAAUGAAUGAUGCCGUUGCUGCUCUUGAUGGCGAGAGUUUGGACGGAAGGGCAAUUAAGGUGAGUGUUGCUGAGGACAGGCCAAGGCGUGGCUCCUUUUGAGCGUUAGCAUAUGUAGUUCCCCAUGUCAGCUGCUGGAGUUCUCUUGCAUUUUUUUAAUAGCUGAGGAUAUACUAUAGUGUCAAUUUUUGUUUAAAGGAAAAUCCUUUCUUGGGGCGCCAAUUUCAGAUUAGAUUUAAGUAUUUCGUUGUUAUUAAUUUAAUGUCCAGAUGAAAGUUAAGUUGUAAUUCCUGACUCCGGAGAUUGGAGAUAAGUAAUACUUUGUUGUUGCCUUUUUCUUUUGGGUUAUUUGCUAUUAUUUAUGCAAUGAAAAUAGGGAAGGGGAGUUCUGUCGCGAGUA